CACUCUCAUCACUGCACCACCUCCACCACCACCACCACCACUACCACCGCAUCCUCCUCCUCUCAGCCACCACAGGAUCAGAUACAUUUUUAACACCGAAGUAAAACCGUCGUGAAAAAAUGGUUAACGGAGACUAUGUUUACCCGUCAGGUAACGUGGAGUGUGCACACAGAGUAGCGAUUCCACCGCCACAGCCGUUUGUUAAGUCGCUGAAAUAUAAUCUGAAAGAAACUUUCUUCCCCGAUGACCCACUCAGACAGUUCAAGAACCAGCCCGCAUCUAAGAGAAUCCUAUUAGGGUUACAGUAUUUCUUGCCGAUUCUUGAAUGGGCCCCUCGAUACACUUUCGAGUUCUUGAAAGCUGAUCUUAUCGCCGGCAUCACCAUCGCUAGUCUUGCUAUUCCUCAGGGGAUCAGUUACGCUAAACUAGCUAACUUGCCGCCAAUUCUUGGACUCUACUCGAGCUUUGUUCCGCCGCUGGUGUAUGCAAUGAUGGGGAGUUCGAGAGAUUUGGCAGUCGGGACGGUGGCGGUUGCGUCUCUGUUAACGGCGUCCAUGUUAGGAAAUGAAGUUAAUGCUGCUGAGAACCCGAAACUUUAUCUUCAUCUUGCAUUUACAGCGACAUUCUUUGCCGGAGUUUUUCAAGCUUCUCUUGGAUUAUUAAGGCUUGGAUUUAUCGUGGAUUUUUUGUCACAUGCAACGAUAGUAGGAUUUAUGGCAGGAGCAGCAACAGUGGUUUGUCUGCAACAACUGAAAGGGAUACUGGGUCUGGAUCAUUUCACCCAUGCUACGGAUCUUGUCUCUGUCAUGCGUUCUGUCUUCACCCAAACUCAUCAGUGGAGAUGGGAGAGUGCUGUUCUUGGAAUUUGCUUCCUUUUCUUUCUUCUUACCACUAGAUACUUCAGCAAGAGACGACCAAAAUUCUUUUGGAUAUCAGCAAUGGCCCCUUUGACGUCAGUUAUUUUGGGUAGUGUUCUUGUUUAUCUGACCCAUGCUGAGAAACAUGGAGUUCAAGUGAUUGGAAAUCUGAAGAAAGGGUUAAAUCCACUGUCAUUUGGUGAUCUGGUUUUUGUGUCUCCUUAUCUUACCACUGCUAUCAAAACUGGUAUCAUCACUGGCGUCAUUGCUCUUGCUGAAGGAAUAGCUGUUGGAAGAAGUUUUGCGAUGUUCAAGAAUUACCAUAUAGAUGGUAACAAAGAAAUGAUUGCUAUUGGAACCAUGAACAUUGUAGGCUCUUGUACUUCUUGCUACCUUACCACAGGGCCAUUUUCGAGAUCGGCUGUGAAUUUCAACGCCGGAUGCAAAACAGCAGUAUCGAACAUAAUUAUGUCAAUGGCAGUAAUGGUGACACUACUGUUGCUGACACCAUUGUUCCACUAUACUCCAUUAGUUGUACUGUCGUCUAUUAUCAUCUCUGCUAUGCUCGGCCUCAUCGACUACGAAGCAGCAAUGCAUCUGUGGCAUGUCGACAAGUUUGAUUUCGUCGUCUGCAUCAGCGCCUAUGUUGGUGUCGUUUUUGGCAGUGUCGAGAUGGGCUUGGUCAUAGCGGUGGCAAUUUCUGUGCUGAGGGUGCUUCUGUUUAUAGCAAGACCAAGAACUGUUGUUCUUGGAAAUAUUCCAAAUUCAAUGAUUUACAGAAAUGUUGAUCAAUAUCCAAAUGCAAGUACUGUUCCUGGAGUUUUAGUGCUUGAGAUUGAUGCUCCUAUUUAUUUUGCCAAUUCAAGCUACCUCAGAGAGAGGAUCUCGAGAUGGAUCAAUGAGGAGGAAGACAAAUUAAAAUCAUCAGGAGAUAUUAGCCUGCAGUAUGUAAUACUCGACAUGGGAGCUGUUGGCAACAUAGACACAAGUGGAUUAAGUAUGCUCGAGGAAGUCAAGAAAACUGCCGAUAGAAGAGAGAUCAAGCUUGCAAUGGCGAACCCGGGAUCGGAAGUGAUGAAGAAGCUAAAUAAGGCAAAGUUGUUAGAAAAAAUAGGGCAAGAAUGGAUAUUUUUGACAGUAGGAGAAGCAGUAGGAGCAUGCAACUACAUGCUUCAUACUUGCAAGCCAAUUAACCCUUUGAAGCAAGAUCAAUCUCAACCAUGUAAUAAUGUCUAAUUUAUAUAAUAUAUUAGAACCAACAAUGAUGACCAGAAACUGUGUCAUCAUUUUUUAGAGUUC